GCCGAAAAAAUGAAAAUAAUUAACUAGAAAAAAAGAAAAACCCAACAAUGGCCAUGGUGAGCAAUAGCAUGAGCAUCCCCAGCAGCUGCCACCUCCUCCACUCCCACAAGCUCCUCCUCCUCCUCCACCACCGACGCGUCCUUCCCUCUCGCCUCUUCUCUUCCCUCGCCGGAGCACGCCGCAGCGGUGCUUCUCCCAGCAAAUCCAUGGCCACCUCCGGCAGCGGCGCCUACACCACCAUCAAGGAGAAGUUCACCGUCGAGCGCGAGAUCAAGAAGAGCAAGUUCAUCGCCAUCGCCGGCCCCGUCACCGACGAGCGGUCCGCCCACGCCUUCCUUUCCCAGGUCCGAGACCCGAAGGCAACUCAUAAUUGCUGGGCGUAUAAGGUCGGCGAUCAGUACCGGUCCAAUGAUGACGGGGAACCAUCGGGCACAGCUGGAAAGCCAAUAUAUACUGCAAUCGACUCCUCGGGAAUAGACCGGAUUAUGGUGGUUGUUAUCAGGUACUUUGGAGGUAUCAAACUGGGCACUGGAGGACUAGUCAGGGCAUACGGUGGAUUGGCAUCGGAGUGUCUGAAGAAUGCUCUGACCUGUCUGGUGAAAUCUAAGGUCCCAAUGGGUGUGGAGGUUUCUUUUGAUCUUUUGGGAGUUCUACACCAUCAGCUACAGUCUUUCAAUGUCGAGGACACGAGGCAGGACUAUGAGACGGGUAAAGAUGGCACCUGCAUGAUUACUUUCAAAGUCGAUUUCGACCAGGUCGAGAAACUUGAAGAAGCUAUCAAAGAAAACUGCUCCCGAGAUAUUGUCUUCUUCAAGCAAUGAGGGCCAAGACUUGCUGUUUCCUAUACCCAACAAAUCGUGACUGUUGGAGCUAUAAAUGUGGGCUUAUCAGAGGAAAAGGCUACAGCUCGUACCAAUUUUUUCGUUUCUCUUGCUUGGAAUGCUCAGGCCUCAUGAGUACAUAUUCGUUUGGUCCAGCAGGGUGGGAUUACUUAAGUCAAUUUUAAGAAGACGAGAAGAGAUGGUGAAUGGAAAGAAGAGAUUAUCCAUAGAUUUUGCAUUCUGACCAUGCUGUUGUCAAAAGAACAUGUAAAUUGUACAUUCAAGGCUACUGUCAGUACUCUAAAAUUUAUACUGUACCCUUGAUAUUGAUGUCUCGCUGUUUCUGAGGCAAAGUCCUCUUGUUUUAGUCGAUAGAGCACACAUAGGUGGUCAUGUCAGAUACAUUGUUGACUACAAUGUAAUACUUUAGGACGAGUGAUGAUAUACUUUGACUGUUUGUGUUU